AUGCAGGACGAGACUGGGCAGUUCAUCUACCGGCGAGACUUCGUCAGGCUCAACUCGCCGGCGGCAGGCUCCAACCGGGACCGCGGGCUGGCUGUCAAGGGCAUGUCCGGGCCGAAGGUCGUCGUGCAGUGCCUCGACGGCACCGAGGUGACCGUGAAUGCUCGCGACGUCCUUGUCGCGGACCGGAGCUGCUUCUGCCCGGGCAUGGUCGUCGCGUCGGCGUCAGACCGUGGCGGCCAGCUCGGGGUCGUCACGGGCGCCGCUGUGGAACUGGAUCUGGUCCGGCUAGACGGUGAGGACGCGGCGGCGGCGUUGGUCGCGAGGGGCGUAUCCUCAGCGGAGCUGCGCCGCGUCAGUGAGUUCUGCCUAGGCGACUACGUCGUGUCAGGGCCCUGGCUGGGCCGGGUCUUCGAGGUGUCCCUCGACGUCGACGUGCUCUUCGACGACGGCGCCGUCUGUAGGGUCACAACAGCGGACGGCAAGUGUGGCCCGUUGGCGUGGGCUCUUCAAAACGCUACACCAACAACGUCUUCUAUCCGGGGCAGCGCGUCGGCGGCCGCUCGUCCGUCUUCAAGGCCGCCCGGUGGCUCAAGGGCUACUGGAAGCCCAGCGAUGGCGAGGGCACCGCGGACGCGGCGACAAGAAAGCCGGAGCCGCGCAGGGUUCGAGCGGCCGUUGUCCGUCGCCAGCACGCGCACGACGGUCGACGUGCUGUGGCAGGACGGGACGCGGCAGUGCCAGGCGCCGUCGGUGUCGCUCGUUCCCACCAAGCCACAGAAGAGCCACGAGUUCUUCCCGGGCCAGCGCGUCGUCAGCAGGACGUCGUCGCACGGCGACGGCGACGUCGCGCGUUCUGGUGUCGUCAGAAGCCUCAACUACACGGACCAGACCGUGCGCAUGUUGUGGCAAAAGGCGACGGCUGAACACGCCGAUGACGAGACACUGAGCAGCACGUACGAUCUUGGCAGGGAUUUCGACAGCAAUGUCUUCUAUGGAGAUGUUGUCGUCCGCCGGCGUCCAACAGACUCCUCAAUUGGGGUCGCUGGCGACAUUUGUGGAAGCACGGAAGAGCCAGUGCUGACACGGUGCCGAAAGGAGGAACCCACUAGAGCUCAUGAUCUUUCAUGGGUCGGACACAUUGUUGAUUUUUGUGAUGCACACCAUGUCCAAGUCAAGUGGGGUGACGGCAACACGUCCAAGGUGUCUUUUCAUGAGAUAACUGUCGUCAAAGAGCAAAGUUUUAGUGAGUUCCUUCAGGAAAUAGGCGAGUGGGUGUCUGAAGAUGGAGGCAUGAGCAACGACGCCAUUGAUCACAAAGCACAAGUGACUGCCGCUGCCAUUGACAACAACAACGAUGGCGAAGGCGAUGAUGACUCGGAUAGCGAUGAUGGACAAGCAACGAUGAGGAUGAUGGACCAGGUGGGACUUGUCGUCCAGGCAGUGAUCCGACUAGCUGGUGAAGUGCUUGCACAAGGUAGGAGGUAUCUGGUAAAUGGUUGGACGGUGACGGGAGAGUCAACCUCGGAGCUUACGGCCAGAGGGAACAACAAUGUAUCCGCACCCGUGUCCGGUGGUGAUGGUGAUGCCAAGGAGACCUCCAUUGCUGUGGCAGGCAUCAAUGGAGGAGGUGGUGGUGAGGGGAAGGAGGCAGAGGCAGAUGCCACCGGCGAUGACAAGCCAUUUAGCUUCCCACAAUUUGAGAUCGUGCAGAGCCCUUCAGAUCACCAUUACCUUGGUAACAUGGAGCAGGGCACUGGUGGGGGGAGGAAGUGGACGAAGAGGGUGCAAAAGGAAUGGAAUAUUCUUGAGAAUAACUUGCCAGACACCAUCUUCAUGCGGGCGUACGAGGACCGCAUGGACCUGCUGCGAGCGGUGAUGGUGGGAGCUAGCGGGACGCCGUACCAUGACGGCCUCUUCUUUUUCGAUCUGCAGCUACCGCCGUCGUACCCUGCCGCGCCACCGCUGGUGUACUACCGAUCGUUCGGCCUACAUGUGAACCCCAACCUCGACCCCUCCGGCACGGUGUGCCUGAGCCUGCUCAACACCUUCGGUGGCCACGGAGCCGAGCUGUGGUCCCCGGAGGCUUCGACCGUCCUCCAGGUCGUCGUCUCUAUCCAGGGCCUCGUGCUCAACGCCCAACCAUACUACAACGAGGCGGGCUACGCCGUCCAGGUAGGAACGCCGCAGGGUCGCCGGAACGAGCUCCCGUACAACGAGAACACCUACCUGCGCACCCUGCAGACCAUGCUCCACCUCCUGCGCCGGCCGCCGGCGGGCUUCGAGGAGUUCGUCAGGGACCACUUCCACCGGCGAGGGCAGCACGUGCUCCGAGCGUGCGAGGCAUACCUAGAUGGCUGCCUCGUGGGCACGCUCGAUGGCGAGGGGAGCGGGGCGCGGCGCCCGUGCUCGGCGGGGUUCAGGCUCGCCCUCGCCAAAGUGGUGCCCCGGCUUGUUGAGGCGUUCACCGCGAUCGACGCUGAUGGAUGCAAGGAGUUCGAUCGGCUACGGGUGCGAACAUUAUGCACUUAAUU